AUGGGACGAAAUCUUUUGACUGCUGCAUUACUCGUUCCUCUUGUUUGUAUCUUAUUUUUCAAAUACCAAGACGGCGAUUUCACAUUAAUGAUUUACGAAAAGAUCGGGAAAGAUCCCAGCGUUGCACUGCGGGGCAAAGUAGUUUGGAUUACAGGCGCUUCCAGCGGAAUUGGUGAAUAUUUAGCAUACGAACUGACCAAACACGGCUGUAAAUUAGUACUAUCUGCAAGGAGGAAGGAAAAGUUAGACAAGAUCAAGAAAAAGUGCGCAGACAUUGCCACUGGUCUGGAUUCGUCAUUUAAAAAAGAUCAAGAAAUUCUUGUUCUUCCUUUGGAUUUGGUGAAAUAUGACACACACGAGAACCUGACACAAGAUGUUCUCAAGCAUUUUGGGAAGAUUGACAUUUUAGUGAACAAUGGCGGCAGGAGUCAAAAUUAUUUGGUGAAGAAUACUCCUUUGGAGGUUGACAGAGCACUCUUAGAUUUAAAUCUCAUUGGAACAAUCUCCUUGACUAAAGCAGUCCUUCCACACAUGAUUGAUCGCCAUAAUGGACAAGUUGUUAUAGUGAGCAGUAUCUUGGGAAAGUUCGGGCACCCAUUUGUGUCUACUUAUUGUGCCAGCAAACAUGCACUACAGGGCUACUUUGACAGUGCGCGUAUCGAGUUGGCAGAACACAACGUCCAUGUGCAGACUGUUCUUCCAGGACCAGUGAAGUCAGAAGUUUCUCUUCACGCUUUUACAGAGGACGUCAAAGUUGAAUUUAAAGAUUCUCAGGAUUUCUUGGACAUCGCUAACAAGUUGGGAAUGUCGACUGAACGCUGUGCAAGGCUAAUGGCGGUAGGAAUGGCGAAUAACUUGGAUGAAACUUGGAUCUCUGAGAACCCGUCGCUAGUUAUUACUUACAUCAGCCAGUACUUUCCAAACUUUUACAGAUGGUUCUCCAAGAAGUUUUUGAUGGAGGAAAUAAAGAAAACGUGGAAAAGGAACUAGUGACAAGAGACUUUCUAGUACUAGAGACUAGUACCCAGUUUUUUUGAU